AACUGGUUGUUAUAAAACCGCUCAUUCUCCUGAAAAGCCAACAGGAGAGAAGAAAUAAUCAAAUAAGUAAAGAAGCAAGUAGAGCAACUAGACAACAAAGGGUUGACUUUGAAUUUUAUCUUCCUUUACAAAAUCGGAACCAAAACUCGGACAAUGUCACUCAUCAUGUUUGCUUCCCCUGUUGUUGUUAUUACCCCAACCGUUAGAUCUCUCACCUUCUCAUCAUCUCGCCGUUCAAAUUACACCGUAAUGUCCGCCGUCCGAUCUGAGCCGACUUCGACGUGUUCUGUACUGACCAAGUUCCAGAAAGACUGUGCCACUCCUAUACCGUUCCUACGCAACGUUGCCGAUGCCAUUUCCGAUGACAUGCGAGCCGGUCUAGCUGUCGAAGGAGGUGGAGAUCUUGAUAUGAUCUUGACUUUUGUCGACGCUUUGCCUUCUGGGAACGAGGAAGGUUUGUUCUAUGCAUUGGAUUUAGGAGGUACGAAUUUUCGGGUGCGUAGUGUUCAACUGGGAGGAAAGGAAGAGCGUGUCGUAGCUAACGAAUCUGAGCAGUUUUCUAUACCUCAUGAGCUUAUGGUUGGUACAAGUGAGGAACUCUUUGGGUUCAUUGCUUCAAAGCUUGCAGACUUUGUUGCAAAAGAGAAACCGGGGCGGUUUCGUUUGGAACAAGGGAGGAAAAGGGAGAUUGGGUUUACUUUCUCUUUCCCUGUGAAGCAAACCUCCAUUGAUUCAGGGACACUAAUCAAGUGGACUAAAGGCUUUAAUGUUUCUGGAAUGGAAGGAAAAAACGUGGUUGCUUGUUUAAAUAAAGCUAUGGAAGCACAUAGACUCGAUAUGCGAGUUUCUGCUCUUGUAAAUGAUGGAGUUGGAACAUUAGCUGGAGCUAGGUAUUGGGACGAGGAUGUGAUGGUCGGUGUGAUUCUUGGCACUGGGACAAACGCUUGUUAUGUAGAGCAGAAGAAUGCAAUUCCUAAACUCCAAAGCAAAUUUUCUUCUGGAACAACGAUCAUUAACACAGAGUGGGGAGGUUUCUCUAAGAUUCUUCCAAGAACCAUUUUUGACCAAGAGAUGGAUGAGGAAAGCUUGAAUCCUGGUGAACAUUGUCACCAGUUCUUAUACUGCUUCUUUACUGUUUGGGUGUGGAUCAAGUUAUAUGAGAAGAUGAUCUCAGGGAUGUAUCUUGGUGAAAUUGUAAGGAGGGUUUUGCUCCAAAUGUGUGAAACUAGUGACUUGUUUGGACAAUUCGUUCCUGUCAAACUAUCCACUCCUUUUGCACUCAGGACGGAGGAUCUAUGCAAAAUGCAAGAAGACAAUACAGAUGAUCUUGUGACUGUUGGAUCAUUCCUUCACAACUUUUUAGAGGUAGAGGCGAAUCUGAAGGCGAGGAGGAGAGUGGUGGAAGUAUGUGACACGGUGGUUCAACGCGGAGGGCGGCUAGCAGGAGCUGGUAUAGUGGCAAUUCUUGAGAAGAUUGAGAAAGACACCGAUAGAAUGGCUUCAGGUCAAAGAACCGUUGUUGCUAUGGACGGUGCAUUGUAUGAGAAGUAUCCACAGUAUCGACGGUAUAUGCAAGAUGCUCUAGUUGAGCUUCUUGGACAUCACCUUUCAAGUCACGUUGCGAUUAAACAUACUAAAGACGUGUCUGGGCUUGGUGCUGCUCUUUUGGCCGCCACUAACUCCAUUUACUAGUACUUGAACAUUUACUUGAUGAGUAAAAAGACUUGGUGCGGUUUGUUUGUGUACAUUAUGCGGUUCGUUUGUGUACAUUGGCUUUCAUAGGCAUUCCAAAGAAUUAUGCCAAUAGCGAAAAAAUAUAAAAGAUCUGCUGAAUUACGUUUUUUUACAGAAAAUACAAAAAUCUUCAUUAAGCAAAA